UCGGCCGCUCCCUCCUCCCUCCCUCCCGAAGUCUCUGCUCAACACCAUAUUCUGGAGAAUUGCGUUUCUCUGCUCAACACCAUAGAAAGAAAAUCAAACCUGCUCCAUUCUUCCUUCCAUCAACCGCUUCUUCUUUCUUCUCCUGUGACAACAAAAAAAAGCUCCCUCCUUUUUGUUCGAUGCUCUGCGUAGUUUCAACAGCCUCGCACAGACAGGCAUUCUCUACCCAGUACCUGGAUUAACCCAUAAAACAUGGCGGCUUCCUUGCUUUGCCGCAGAAAGAUUGCAGCUUUCACAAUUUCUCGCGUCUUAAACGCAUACAAUGUGAAGUUGGACGGGCUUCACGUGGAAUUGGACUAUGGAGGUUCAGCUGGUGUAUGCAAUAGAAACUACAGCAGCAGAAGUGCCGCGAAGAUUGAUUUCACGGACCUGACGUAAGAACUCUGUGUUUGACUUAAUUGAAUUCACAACCUUCUACAUAAUUGGACAGCCUAGUUCUCCUCACACAUGGUACCCAAAGGCCAGGAGAAAGAUCCGCAAGGUUUUCCUGCACGUUGGCCCGACUAACAGUGGUAAAACCUACCAUGCUUUGAAAAGUCUUCAAUCCAAUCCUUCCGGAAUAUAUUGUGGUCCUUUGAGAUUGUUGGCAUGGGAGGUGGCAAACAGAUUGAACAAGGCAAAUGUCCCAUGUGACCUUAUAACUGGACAAGAGGUGGAGACUGUUGAUGGUGCAAAACACAAGGCCGUUACAGUCGAAAUGGCUGAUGUGAAUUCGGAUUACUCUUGUGCUGUCAUUGAUGAAAUCCAGAUGUUGGGAUGUAAGACAAGGGGCUUCUCAUUUACUCGAGCCCUUCUUGGAAUUUCUGCUGAUGAACUUCACCUUUGUGGAGAUCCUGCUGCGGUUCCGCUUAUUGAGGAAAUACUUAAGGUCACUGGUGAUGAUGUCAAGAUUGAAACUUACGAGAGACUUUUACCUUUAGUUCCCUUGAAGAAACCUCUUGGAUCAUUUGACAACAUACAAACUGGUGAUUGCAUAGUCACAUUUUCGAGGAAGCAAAUCUACAAAUUGAAGAAAAAAAUUGAAACUGGAGCCAAUCAUCUCUGUUCUGUUGUAUAUGGCUCGUUGCCACCAGAGACUCGAACGAGACAGGCAACAAUGUUCAAUGAUGCAACCAGUGAAUUUGAUGUCCUUGUGGCGAGUGAUGCAAUUGGGAUGGGACUGAAUUUGAACAUCUCUAGGAUUAUCUUUUCAACGAUGCAAAAGUUUGAUGGUGUUGAGAUACGGGAUCUAACUGUAUCAGAGAUCAAACAAAUUGCAGGAAGAGCUGGCAGGUAUGGAUCAAAAUUCCCUGUCGGAGAAGUGACUUGUCUUGAUGGAGCUGAUCUACCCUUGCUUCAUUCAUCACUCAAAUCUCCAUCCCCUCCCCUGGAGCGUGCUGGAUUAUUCCCUUCAUUUGAUCUCAUGUACAUGCAUUCUCGUUUGCAUCCUGAACUUGACCUUUACCAGAUAUUGGAACAUUUCACAAAAAACGCCAAGCUAUCAGAUAACUAUUUCAUUGCAGAUUGCGAAGAACUAUUGAAAGCCGCUGUUGUUCUGGAUACAUUGCCCCUUUCGUUACAUGAUAAGUACCUGUUCUGCAUCAGCCCUGUCGACAUGAAUGAUGAAAUCUCGUCUCAAGGUCUUACACAGUUCGCCUCAAAUUAUUCAAAAAAAGGCCUUGUCCGACUUAAAGAGAUCUUUACUCCCGGAUCACUUAUGGUGCCAAAAACACCAGCAGCGCUACAAGAACUUGAAUCCAUCCACAAGGUGUUGGAUCUCUAUGUCUGGUUGAGUUUUCGGUUAGAGGAUUCAUUCCCAGAUCGCACACUGGCAGCUUCACAGAAAGCCAUUUGCAGCAUGUUGAUUGAGGAGUUCCUAGAAAGAUUUGGGUGGCAAGCACCGGCAGCAAAGAAGUUGCCAGCAACGACUAACUUAAGAUCUCUUUUCCAGAAGAAGACAUAUUUGAAAUGAUAAUUACACUUUGACGAAACAUGUACAAACUUUCUUCUUUUUACACGAUAAAACUGAGCAGUUUUGCUCCAAAUCUCAUGUUACUGUUUAUGCAAUGAGCAGUUUUGCCAAAAGAUGGAUCAUUGGUUAUAGAACGCGCUGCCAUGAACCUGCUUUUCAGGGUGAAAUGUAGGGUAAAAUGCCUGGAACGAAUGUUCUAACCAUAUAGUUAAUUGACUGACUAAGCACCAUUAAGAAAAUGAACUCACAAGCAAUUGGUCCUAGGCCUCAACAAAACUAGCAUAAUCUCGCUCUUUCCUUGUUGCCUGACAAGACUUCAUCAGCUUUUUCACAUUCUCCUCAGCUUCAGUCAAGCCUUGUCCCUGAAGAUCCUCCAACAACGACAUGAACAGUUUAUCCUUAGGAACCAUACCCUUCGAAACUGCUUCCUGAAGAAACAUGCAUGCCUCCUCAAGUUUGCCAGACAUAGAAAGCCCACGCACUAGAAGCUCAUACGUCCCAAGAUCAAUGCUGACAUCGUUAGCAAACAUGUGAUUAAGCACGAGCUUCAGCACUCUCAACGCCUUCUUCUUGCAGCACAACUUCAACAGUGGUGCAUAGGUCUUAACAUCUGGCUUGAUGGAAUCUUCCUCCAUCUUCUGCAGCAGUUCCAAAGCAUGUGUGCCUUGCCAAUGUGCACAAGCAGAAGCAAUCAUGGUGUUGUAUACCAACAGAUUGGGACGAAUGCCUUGCUUUGCCAUAUCCCGAAAUACAUCCCAAGCAUCCUUAAUCCUUCCUGAAUCGCUCAAAACGAAAAUCACAGAGCCAUAGAAUGAGGCAUCAGGAACACAGCCAUUUCUCUUCACCUCUUCGUAAAUCUCCAAAGCUUCGUUCGUUUGUUUGGCUUUCCCUAGAGCGUGCAUGAUUAUAGUAUAGGAAACAAUACUGGGCUUGCAACCUUUCUCUUGCAUCUCCUCUAAAAUGGCGUCCACCUUUCGGAAAUCUCGAUCCCUACAAUACGCUUCGAUGAAGCAAGUGUAGGCAAAAGCAGCAGGCUGAAACCCUUGUUGCUCCAUAUCCUCCAUGGUUCUUCUCGCUUCUACCAACUUCCGCGCCUUGCAGUAGCCAUGAAUCAGAAUACGGUAGGUGUUGGAAUCCGGAGGUAUUAAAUCCUUGAACUUCAAAAACACACUCUGAGCGCUCUCGACGCUACACUCUUUAACCAAUGCAUCCAUCAAAAUGUUUAGUGCUGCUACAUCUCUAGCGACACCAAAACUCUCCAUUUUCCCGAACGCCUCACAGGCAUUUUCGUACAUACGAGCUCUAGCAAACCUCCUAAUCACCUUGGCCAUCGUGUUUAACGACACAUACCCUUCUAACCCCUUCAUCUCCUCAACCAAUUCCAGCAUCAAAGUGAACUGCUUGCACUUACCCAGAGCAUCAACCAUGAAAUUGUAAACUUCCGGGUCAUGCACAUAACCUGUUUGAUCUUUUGCCCAAGUGAAGAAACCCAGAGCCGGAACCCAGUCGUUGCUAAACCUCUUCAGAAUAUGCAUAACCAAAUCGCGGCUGACCUUAACAUCGCACCUACUCAGCGCCUGCACGACGCCGUUGGGUGUCGGGUACCGGUUCUUCAGGAUUUGGCUCACUUUGUCAACGUCGGCGUCAUUUGCUCCGGACAGCAAGCGUCUGGCGACCCUCACGUGAGUCCCGUAACCGGGUUUCGCAAACAAGCUGGAAAGAGGAGGAAUAACGAAAUCGUCGUCGUCGGCAUCUUUGGUCGCCGAGAUUUGGUCGUCUCGGAGCCAGGUCGGGAGGUCGGGCGACUCGGGCGAUUCCGGGGGUUGGGGUAACUCGGCCUGGGAGCAUAAGGACCUGGGAAUCAAAUGAAAUAUCUUUGGUUUCCCGGUACGCAGGAGUUUUUGGAUGAGCUUGAUAGCUCGGGUCGAAGACAACAUGGCUUAGACUCUUCGCCGGCGAGGAAAACAAAAAGGAACUAGCAGACUGGCGAAAGCGGCGGAGAAGAGAAGACCGUCCUCAUUUGUGAAGACAUAGUAGUGGCAUAGGCCCAACAGUCCGCCUUGUAAA